AUGGAGGAGCCAAAAGAUCGUAACAACUCAAAAGAUAUUUCCAGGCCCAUAGAGCUGGAUUUGGAUUUUUUAAUGCCAUCCAACAUCAGUGAAUCUAGUAAUCUCCAAUACCUUAAGCUGUCUAAGACAAACUUAGAAGUCUUGAAAAUGCCCCUGUCUACAUUUUGGAAUCUCAAAGUAUUGGACAUAUCCAGCAACAAAUUUACAGAAUUCCCUCUCCAGGUGUUUAAUGUGCCUAGUUUACAAGAGCUUAACAUCGGUCACAACUUGCUUAGUACUAUUCCUAUUGACAUCAACACGCUGACAAACUUGACGAUUCUUAAGGUCAAUGAUAACCGUUUCGAGGAAUUUCCAACUCACGUUUGUGACAUUCCCGCCUUGCAAAUAUUCGAUAUCAGCGGUAACAAGAUCCGCAUCAUCCCUUCAUCUGUUAGCAAAAUGGACAGUCUUAAAACGCUGCAUAUACAGAAAAACAUGAUUGAUGUACUUCCAGGUGCAUUGUGUGAUCUUUAUGAGUUAGAAUAUCUUGACAUGAGGGCAAAUCAUUUGUGCACCAUUCCCAAAAGUAUAAGACGUUUGACCAGACUGCAAACCCUUAAUAUCUCUCAUAACCAGAUUUCAACUUUUCCAACCAGUUUAUGCAGCCUGUUUAGUUUGGAGAAUCUGGAUAUUGGUCAGAAUAAAAUAGACCGUAUACCAUUUGAGAUAAAGGAAAUAGAUGAACUGAAAACUCCAGUGAGAGGUGAGAGGGCCGUUGUGACGAGCAGGCUACAAUUGAACUUACUUGGGGUGACAGGGAGUGGCAAAAGUAGCUUAUCCAGGUCUCUUCAAAGGAGAGAAUCGUCGCUGACAUCCGAAGCAGACAGGACCCAGGUGAUUGAGCGAGGGUCAUGGGAACCGGACAGUAAGGUUGCUUUCAAUAUCAACGACUUUGGGGGUCACGAUGUAUACAGAGUGGGCUAUCCUAUAUUUCUUCAUAAAAAUGGAGUUGCCAUCAUCACUUUCAACCUGUCUCAGUAUCAGUGCGAGGACAACUACUAUAUGAAACAUAUUGGAGAAUGGAUACAAACAGUCCAGUGCAGAGCACCUGGUAUCUACAUCAUAAUUGUAGGAACUCACCACGACCUGGUCGGUGAUAGAGAUCCUGACAUGCUGUGUCAAGAUGUCCGCCAUCGUUUCAAACAACAAGCGGAUUGGAACAUGGAAUGGUUACGAAACAGAGUUGACGCACACGCAUUUCAAGGGAGAAGGGUUUCAUAUUUUUCCAAUUCCCAUGUGAACAUCUUCACGAUCAGCUCAGCCGAUAUGUUUGGAAUGGAGAACCUAUCGGCGUACCUGGUUCAGUUAGCCAAGCUGAGAGGAGUCGUCCUCCCUGAGGCCUGGGUGGAUGUGAUGAAUGAAAUAGAGAGGAUGAAGUUUGAACCUACAACCAACACUCUGACAGAGGGGGUUGUCAGAGAAAUUGUAAAAGUUGAGGUUGCACGUAGAAAAAAGAAAAGUGCACGCCAGGCAGACGUUUCCAUAGAGGAAGAAAACAGAAACCAGAUUUCGCGAAUCGUAAGAAGAAUGAUGUGCUGCACAAGUCUCUUCCAUGAAGAAGCCGAGGAAAUAAAUCAAGUGGCAAGUGGUCCCCAAACCCCUCACGAAGACGACGAGGAUAUUUCUCCAGCACAAGUGACAUAUGUGGUGCAAGAUGUCCUUAAUUAUAUGUCAAAUACUGGUGAAGUAGUGUGGUUUGAUUCCAAUACAGCUCUCGGAAAAGUCAUAUUCCACAAGCCGGAAGUCUUAAUCAAUCUCCUCAAAUCCGUCCUACACCAUGAUUUUGAGGUUAAAAAGAAGGCUCUGAAGGAAAAUUACACCAAACAGAAAUUUGAAGAGAUAGUAGACAACCUUGAGAUGAGGGGUAUUAUUGACGAGGAUGUCAUGGAGUUUCUCUGGCAGUCCUUUGGGGUUCCUGGCAUUGAAAGGGAUGCCAUGAUUGAGCUUAUGACAAAGCUUGACCUGAGCUAUUUUGUGGAUGGCGCAUCUGUAGCAAAAAGAACCGGCGCAUUCCAUUUCCCAUGUUUACUACAACAGAAUGAACCAUGUGACUUAGAGAGUUCGGGCAAGUGGCCGGCCAGAUUGCCAAGGGGGGUACUACUACAGUUGACCCUCCAGAUUCACACACCCCACCGAUGUCCAAGCGACGUGUUCGAAAAGCUCUCAGUCAGAAUCCACAAGUAUCUUCAUAUGUUCGACAGAAGACGCAUCGACUGGAAUAAUGGUGUCUAUGCAGUCACCAGCCGUUGUAAAAUUCUCCUUACGCGUCACAGCGAAGAGCGAGACUGGGUAAUCACGACAAAUGUCAGAGGGAAAGAUCGACUCGCCAUGUGGGACAUCCUGCUCAAGCUCCAUCAAGACCUCGUCGACAUUUUGAAAAAUGACUGGCCGGGUGUUUUCUACAGCAAGCACCUGCUGUGUCCACACUGCAUUGAAGAAGGCAUCCCCUCCCCCACCCUUUUUCCUGGAGACAUCUUGGACCAACCAGACUACGUUCCACGCGUGAAGGUCUUACCAUGCAGAAAUGCGCCCCCUCAAACUAUCAGCGCAACGCACGUGUACCCAGCUCUGGCAGAGAGGAUGAAGUUUGAACCUACAACCAACACUCUGACAGAGGGGGUUGUCAGAGAAAUUGUAAAAGUUGAGGUUGCACGUAGAAAAAAGAAAAGUGCACGCCAGGCAGACGUUUCCAUAGAGGAAGAAAACAGAAACCAGAUUUCGCGAAUCGUAAGAAGAAUGAUGUGCUGCACAAGUCUCUUCCAUGAAGAAGCCGAGGAAAUAAAUCAAGUGGCAAGUGGUCCCCAAACCCCUCACGAAGACGACGAAGAUAUUUCUCCAGCACAAGUGACAUAUGUGGUGCAAGAUGUCCUUAAUUAUAUGUCAAAUACUGGUGAAGUAGUGUGGUUUGAUUCCAAUACAGCUCUCGGAAAAGUCAUAUUCCACAAGCCGGAAGUCUUAAUCAAUCUCCUCAAAUCCGUCCUACACCAUGAUUUUGAGGUUAAAAAGAAGGCUCUGAAGGAAAAUUACACCAAACAGAAAUUUGAAGAGAUAGUAGACAACCUUGAGAUGAGGGGUAUUAUUGACGAGGAUGUCAUGGAGUUUCUCUGGCAGUCCUUUGGGGUUCCUGGCAUUGAAAGGGAUGCCAUGAUUGAGCUUAUGACAAAGCUUGACCUGAGCUAUUUUGUGGAUGAUGCAUCUGUAGCAAAAAGAACCGGCGCAUUCCAUUUCCCAUGUUUACUACAACAGAAUGAACCAUGUGACUUAGAGAGUUCGGGCAAGUGGCCGGCCAGAUUGCCAAGGGGGGUUCUACAGUUGACCCUCCAGAUUCACACACCCCACCGAUGUCCAAGCGACGUGUUCGAAAAGCUCUCAGUCAGAAUCCACAAGUAUCUUCAUAUGUUCGACAGAAGACGCAUCGACUGGAAUAAUGGUGUCUAUGCAGUCACCAGCCGUUGUAAAAUUCUCCUUACGCGUCACAGCGAAGAGCGAGACUGGGUAAUCACGACAAAUGUCAGAGGGAAAGAUCGACUCGCCAUGUGGGACAUCCUGCUCAAGCUCCAUCAAGACCUCGUCGACAUUUUGAAAAAUGACUGGCCGGGUGUUUUCUACAGCAAGCACCUGCUGUGUCCACACUGCAUUGAAGAAGGCAUCCCCUCCCCCACCCUUUUUCCUGGAGACAUCUUGGACCAACCAGACUACGUUCCACGCGUGAAGGUCUUACCAUGCAGAAAUGCGCCCCCUCAAACUAUCAGCGCAACGCACGUGUACCCAGCUCUGGCAGGGAGAGACGGCGUGCUGAAAGAAAACAAAGACCGACUGCGGCGAAACAGGGUGACGUUGGUUCAGUCGGUUACUGAACAGUGCCUUCUGGAGGUACUGAAUAGUCUUACAGCACAAGCCAUUUUUUUGCCCAGAGAAAAGGAGAAUAUAACGAAAAUUGCCACACAGCAAGAGCGGGUUGAGGAGUUUUUGGACAUUUUGAAAAACAAAGAAGACAGAGCUUUUUACAUAUUCCACAAACAUCUAGAGAGCAGUGGACAAACGCAUUUGGCUGAUCUAUUGCGUCCAAGAGAGGAAAUCAUGGAUGAGCUACCGAGUGGUGAGAUAGUCUAUUGGGUUUAGCUGUGUGGUAUUUCGCAUGUGUCGACUCAGAGAGGAAAAGGAAAAACUCGGAGACGUUAGUGAUGCAGUAAUAGCCUGCUGAUCUGAUCUAGCGUGGUAUGCCUCAAAGUUUACUGAAAAUACGGAUGACUGCCCAGUGGAUGGGAAACAGAAAUAUAAACAUACCAAAAGUAGAUUACAUAAAUUUGGACGGCAUUAUAAAGGUGUUUAAGCUGUUAAGAAAAAUCAAAUUACUACGCACACGAUUAACUUAUAAAUAUCUAUAUUCAUCUUUGACAUGUUCAUAGCUAUAAAAUGACUAUUUAUGUUCUCCUCAUUAAUGGAUAGCAGGUAUUGAGAACGUUACUAAGAACUUGACCAACGGAAUGUAAAGACAUGAAUUUUCUUUUAAAAAAUUGGACAAUCGAACAUUUAGAAAAUAAAUUAAUCUAAUAUGGAGAACAUUGUUAAAAUGUAACCUGCUGUUGUUUAUUAUCAAGCGUUACAUAUUUUUUGUGUUUAUUUUAAACAGUCAAUAUAUUUUUUGAAAUGUUAAUUUCUGUUGUUAUCUGUUUUAUACAU